UUCUUCGAGCCUUGAGCCUCUCUCUCCGCCUCCUCGAGUGUAUUUACGGUACUCCAGUUGUAUGCAAUAAGCGUCAGAAGCCCCGCUGAAAUUCAAAGUUGAAGGAGGAGACUCACUGAAAGCAUAAAACAACAAGAAGGUUGUUUCUUGUUUUCUGUCAUUUGACCUGUUUCUUGCAGACUGUAGUUUCAUCCAGACUUAUUUUCAGCUCAGCAUGGAAGGUGGCGAGGAAAACGGUGCCAACAUCAACUUGAAAAGACAGAGAGAACCUUUGUCAGAUUCUGAAGACAAUGUCUUCUCCCCAUCAGAGGUGGAUGAUGGCCAGAAACGGCGGCGUCUGGAGGCAGCUGGUCAGGAGAACCGCAGUCCUAAAGCAUCCUCCUCUGGACGCCUAGCUGAGCUAGACACAAAGCCGGACACGCCGAUGGUUCCUUCAGUCCGGUCCAGAGUCCAGCAACUCACCCAGAGACGAGAGGGGGGAGCUCCUCUGGCCCAGCGGUGCCUCUCGGAUCCUGGGGCUGACAGCCCAUCAGUCAUCUUCCAUGAAAAGAGCUUCAGAGAGUAUCUCCUUGGUCAGGGAGAAUUUAAUCAGCGAAUGGAGCGUUUUAAAGUGCCGGUCUUCCAGGCUGGUCCCACUCCAACACCAAGCCCUGCCAGCGCCUCCCCGAGGACCUGCUCCAACUUUGUGUCUGCCAUUCAGCAGAAACUCCACGGCACCCCAGCGCCCAGCUCCAAGCAGGCUUCUCGCAUUCGCCAGGAACGGGAAGAGGAGUUGAGCGGGUUGCCUUUCCAACCCAUCAGUGAGAAUGCCUGGCUGAAAAGGAGCAACUCCGAUCCCUCGUUAUCUCAGCAGGGAUGGACCCCCUCUGGCCCCUCAUCUCCCUCCGCCUGGGUUCCUAGAUCCAGAGGGAGAGUCCGCUGGCCUCCUUUGAAGCUCUGGGAUCACAUGGAUGGUGACGCUGAGAUGAUAGAUGGCAGCUUCACUGAAGCUACUACAUCAUGUGAAGAGAAGCAAUCUUCAGGUGGGACAGGUGAAAGGGCACCCAGUGACUCUGAAGCUCCCGUAGGGCUUGACAGCACCAAUAAGGAGCAGCUGCACAUGGGAUGGAAGGAGCAAAAUCCUCAUCAAGGUGAUGAAGUCCACGAGGAGGAAGGAAUUGAAGACAAGCAGCAAGGGACCCAACAACCACAGACUGUCUUGAAGUUGUCUUUUAGCGAGGAUCAGAGUUUUUCCAAAGCACCUUUCAGUGAGAACCAGAAUGUGUCAGAGUUGCCUACAGUUGAUGAGCAAAGCUCGCUAGAAUCAGCUCAUGCAGAGGAGUCUGACAAGACGGAAACAGUUGAUGUUUCCAUAGUAACUGAACAGGGCGGAUCUGAAGUAUUUUCACCUGAAGAAAGAGAUGGUUCUUCAUACAGUGAAGAGGGGAUUGAGCCUUCAACAGAUGAGGAGUUACGUUUGUGGAGAUAUCCUCAAGACGAGGAAGAGUCUAUCGUAGCUGGAGAACAGGAGGAAUAUGUGUGUGUGAAAGAGGAGGAAAGGGAGUUGGAGUCAUCCAGAGUAGAAAAAGUGAAACACGGCUGUGUUGCAGAUCACAGUGAACCCUCUGACAUCCAGGAAGGUGAAUGUUAUUUGGGGGAUGUCUCUGCUGAGAUGGGCGGCUCCUCUGAAAUGCAGGAAGAUGAGAAACCUAGACCUGAGUUACAGAGAUGUUUAGAUGAAUCUGUAAAACACCCAUCUAGUUCAAGCAGAGACAUAGAGACCAUGGAGUCCUGUGGAGGACUUCAUGAGGAUACAGAAGAUGUUGAUAUUUUUAUAAUAAAACCAAAUCAGAAAGACACAGGAGGAUGUAGUCAAAGGGAUGAUGUGUGUCAACAGUCAAAUGAGAUCCAGACAGUUUUCAUAAAAGGAGACAACAUGGAUCUAGAGUCGGACAGAAGUGGCAGGGACGAACUAACGGAGGCUUCUGGUCUGACAGAAACACAGACGCGGUACACAGAACUAGAAAGAAAUAUUAAACACAUAGCAAAACGUCAGGAUGAAUCAUCAGCCACUGGUGGAAAAGAUAGAGCCCAGAGUUUGACAGAGUUCCAGGUGUCAGAUCACCUUUUGGAGACCGAGCAAAUGGAGCAAGAUACAGUAGAUGGGAGGCAAGGUGUUGUAGAAACUUUGUGUUCAAAGAGAGUCACCUUCAUCCUGGAGCCUGAGCUCAUCAAUGACUCAACCCUGUCUGAGGCCAAUACCUCCACGGAGUCCAGGACAGAGCCAGAGACAGAUGCUGAGCUGAGCUCUCAUGAUGAGACCAACACGGCUGAAAUAAUCGACCAGAUGUUCGAGGAGGUGCUGGAAUAUGCUGGAAGGAUGGAGGAGGGUAGGGGGGGCGAUGAAGACAUCGAGGACCACGACAGUGGCAUUGGUGUUUGCCCUGGAGACAAAGACAAGAUAGACACAGAGUCAGAGAAGGAGAAGAGUGAAGAAGAGUGCGAUGAGAGCAAGAGGCUUGAAAGCAACAGAGAUGAGCUGACCUUUCCUCCCAGCGGCAUCCUCUCUCCUCUCAGCAAGUCUGUAGAGGCUGUGGUCACCCCUCUGCGACUGGCAGCAAGCCAGGAGUCCAAUCCUUCCUCUCUGCUCUUGACUCCAGAAGAGACGACCACCCCUCCUGCUGAAUCUCCUCCUUUAUACAGUAUUGAUGCAUACCGCACACAAAGACAGAGUAAGCUGCCCACCAUUCAGAGUGUCACUCCUGGGGCUCAGAGACGAGCUCCAGAGAAGUUCCAACCUCAACCAUCCGUCAACACCAAGGAGAAAAUCACGGCCCUUAGUGAAGAAGCAGGGAAGCUGCAGACUGUCAUCAACCAGACCCUGCAGGCUCUGAGCUGCUGUACCGAUGAGGAGCAUGGACGGGGCUCGCUGGAGGAGGCUGAAGCUGAAAAACUACUCUUGGUCUCCUGUGAGAAACGCUCGGCCCUGCUGGCAGAGGUUGCAAGAGUGAGAGAGGAGAGGAACUCGGAGUCAGGAGAGGACAGCGAGUAUGUUUCCCAGCAGGCCUGCAGAGGGACCGUCGGCAUCACAAAGAUCCAGCUGCCUCUCAAGGUGGAAUUUGUCUGCUCCUCCCACAAACGCACAGGUCGGCCAAGUCACUACUUUUUCGUGCUGAUCCGCUACGGGCCCUGCAACAUCGUCGCCACCCCGCUGGCCACGGCUGCUGAUGCUCAGAAUGGAGACACCAUCUCCUUCCCGACUUCUGUCACUCUGAAAGAUAUCCGCUCAUCCUUUGAGAUUGAUGUGGAGGUCUACAGCCUGUCCCACACAUCAGGUAGUAACUGCAGCGUGGACCGGACCACCACCAAGUCACGGGUCACACCAAGAAAGCUUCUGAACACUAUCACAAGAUCCAGUAACAGUCUGACAUCUGCUGCUCUUCCUGCUCUCAACACUCGUCGCUCCAGCAACUUUUUUUUGGUGGGCUCCCACAAGAUCACCUUGUCCUCGCUGGGACACAGCAAGUUCCCUCUGGAUAAGAUGAAACUUGAGGGCAAAAUCAGGAGGCUGCUGGGAGAUGAAUUUCAGGAAAAGGUUUUCACAACGCUGCAAGCCCUUCACCGUUUCCCUUUGCAAAAACUAACCUCGUCUCUGACCGUGCCUUUCCUCUCACCUCUAGAGGGCAACAUCUACCUGCAACUGGACAGCGAAAGUCACUCUAAUGUCCAUCACCACGGUUUCCUGACGAUGUUUGAGUUGAUCAGUGGAUACGGGGUGUGGCAUCGCCGAUAUUUUGUUCUGGUGGGAUGCAACAUGUACUACUGGAACCACCCCAACGACAAAGAAACUAAGGUACAGACAGACAUGCAGACUAAGUCGGCAAGUCACUUUUCAAUUAAUUCUUGUUUUCUGUUUUUCAUGCCCCAGGAUGCAGAGGGCAGCAUUUCUCUGUCCAGCUCCCACAGUCGGUGCGUCAGGCCUGUGAAGAGGGACUCGUGUGCUCGACCUUUCACCUUCGAGCUGGUCAGCAACGUCCCACAGCAGCAAGACGCCAGCGCCAAGUGUUGGUUUUCUGCCGACACCAAACAGGAGAGACUGGACUGGAUGGAGAAACUCAAUCAAGCGCUGUUGGACUUUAACACGUGGAACCAAACAUCAGCAGCACAAACAGAGAGUCAGCAGUCGAACCCGUCCAGCAUUGGGAACCUGAGGGAGAGCAUACUGUGACUACGUCACUAAGCCAGCAAACCCACUCGCAUGUGCUUUCUUAUAGUUUCAGCUGCCUGGUGUUCAUGAAAAACACAGUGGAAGCAGCUUUUAUGUGGCAGGUAGACGAGCGGCCAUCAGGGUUUAGAUUCUUUAUCUCAGAGAUGAGCUUCUUCUUUAACGGCUCUGUUUCACAGUUAAAAUAUAAAUUUUUCUUUUUUGGGAGGUAUCUAUUUGAUUUUCAUACUAUUGUUUAUUUCUUUUUUUAAUCUGAAUCCAAUGUGUACUGUUUUUUUUUUUUUUUUUUUUAACUAUUAUUUGCAGAGUUAGUUUUAUUUUGACUUUUCGUGGCAAUCGGCUGCUUUAGCCUUUGUUGGCAAUUUAUUUGGGUCACUUUCAGAAGCUAAAAUGAAACUUCUUGUAGCUUCUAUAUUUUUGAGCUAAUUUACACAUGUAUUUAGAAUCGUAUUGUUUUUGUAUCAUUUAAACCGGAAGGAUUAAAACAUUUAUAUAGAUACACUAAUACAUAUUGAAGGAUAUCUGUAACUCUACUAAACUAAUGUAGGAUGAGAAUAUAUUUGAAAUGGUAGGAAACGCUACGAGUUAUUAGAAUAUAGAAGGAAUGCUAGAUCGUUGGAGCCUUUCGUAGUCAUCCAGACAUACGGUAUCUGCUUCUGUUGGGUGAAAUAAUAAGGUUUGGAUCAUGGGCCCAGUCGAUCCAGUCUAGGUGGAAGCAGGCUGAUAUUUGGCUGCUGUUUCAAUAUAAUUCGAUUGAACUACACUUGGUGUCUUUUUUUUUUUUUAACUAAAGAAGUAACCAGUUAAAAUGCCAGUACAACGCAUCACUUGGGGGUUCUACCUCCUAGUGCCUCGCGGUGUUCCCUCACAUUCCCAGGUACAUGAUUUGUAUUACUGCACAUGCAUAAGCCCAUAUAAUUACAUAUUUAAACCCAUAUUAUGUCUGUAAUACAGCAGAUGAGAUAAAAGAAUGAAUGUAGUUUGUUCUGCCUGAUGUCUCUGUUCUUUCACAUGUAUUUCCACCUGUCAGUCUGUCACUUUGUCAUGAAUGUUUGUGAACUCUCAUUCUAUGCACUUGGAGCUAUCUAUACAAUAAAUGGAUUGAAAUAGCUACAAAAUAUGUUUAUGAACUUGACCAAUCCAGGCAGGAGUUUUUCAUACAUAAGCUGGUACAAAAAGCUAAUAAUUCUAAUUUAUGACUAUAUAUAAAUAUUAGAUUAUAUCACUUUAAUAUUUCCAUUUUCUUCCCAAUAGAAAACAUGCUGAAAACAGUGUUAUUUCAAACCAAUGUCCCAGACAAAUCUAUUUAUUAGGUUUAAAUACUCCCCCAUGUCAUUACAUUAUACCACAGAGACCUUUACGUGCACAUAUGCAGGAAUGUAAAGGUGAACCACAGAUGUGCUAUACGUACGGAGAGUCUGGCAGGAAGGCAGCUCAUGUCAGGAAUGUCAUACAGGAAGUGGUCUAGAAUUAGACUUCCUGUUGGUCCCAUUGCUCCUCUGGGUGAAGGCCUUGCUGGGUGUUACGGAGCUCAAGGUGAUUACGACGACGGAUCGGUGCAGCACAUACAGUUGCGUUGAAGCGGCCAACACGGUUGUUAGCGCGUUAGUGUAGCCUGGGCGGUGGUUCUAUACAAUAAAUUUCUGGGUUUGUCAGCAAUUUCUUUCAUUGCAGAUUUAAGUUCAGUACGUAAAGUUAGUGCAAAUUAUUGAGAUCUAUCCAUAUAAAACCUUUUUAAAACUCAGAUUUUACUCAAUCUGACCAGCUUCUUCAUUUAAUUUUUGUUACGUCUUCGUAUGCACAUUUGUCUCUUAUGGUGGCACUAGAGCAAAGGUCAGCAGGUCACCAACAUCUGGGGAUCAAGAACGUCUGCGGUAAAUUUCACAUCAAUGGGACCGGCUGUCAAGUGUUGACUGGCGACGAAAGCUCUGGAUGUUAGACUUCAUGUUUAACUCUUGAUUUCAUCCUGCAGGACGGCUGUAAAUGCACGUCAGAUUGUUGUUGGACACAGCAGAUGGAGGAUCAGUGUGACGAGACUGGGGACCGGCAGGUCAGCUGGCUUGUCCUUAGCGAUGACAACUAAGGACAACAACAUCUGACGGGAACACAUUCUGCACAACAUCCUGGUGCGUCAGCCUCUGCUCUACUCCUGACACGGCUCUGAAGGAACGUGUUCCUGUGUGGCAGAGAUGUAAGAGAUGAUACUGAGGUGGGUGGCCUUGUUAUUGUGACUAAAAAAAGGCAGCCACCUUGACCGGAGGAAGGUUAAAGAGUUGUUCAACACAGGAUUUUUGCAUCUUACAGUCUAAUGCUCUUACACAAUGAUGUAUCCCAUAUUCAUAUUUUGUUUUAGUCUUUCGGGUCAUUGUUUCGGUUCCAUGGCACGAAACCUUACCGUUUGGAUCUGCUCUCUCAGCGUCGUUUCCAGCAUCAGCUUCACAUAGUGGAGCAUUUAGCAGCUAAAGAGCCAGAGUUGAUGGAGACCAAAACAAAGAUGAACAUAGGGUGACUUUUGGACUUAUGAGGUGGCCAGAAACACAACUUCAAAUAGAUGCUAAGCUGCUCGAUGUUUUUUCGUGUAAAUUCUCCGUAUCAACUUUGCACUGAAUCCCAGGUGGCCAACAUAUCAGUCAUUCCAUAUUUAAAUUGGUGUCAUCUUAAUGUUUUGUCAUUGUUCUAGAGAUACCCGGACUAAGUCAUGGGGA